AUGGUACUUGAAGAGAAACAAAAAGAGUCAGAGGAACAGCAAGAAGAAAACGCGGCGACAAAGAUCCAAGCGGUGUUCCGUGGACAUCAGACAAGAAAGUCAAUGAGCAUGAAGACUAACAAGCAGCCAGCAGAGACGGAGAAGGAGCCUACCAGGGCCGAGCUGGAGGCCGAAUUUAGAGCUGAUGAUAAAGAGCUAUGUAGCGCUGCGACUAAGAUCCAGGCCUCGUUCAGAGGCCACCAGGCUCGCAAGGAGAAGGAGCAGGCCCAAAAAGACCAAGAACAACAGGAUAAGGAGGACAUCGAAAAGAUUGACCUAACUGAUCCGGAUCUUAACAAGGCCGCAACUAAAAUUCAGGCCUCUUUCCGAGGCCACAAAGUGCGUGCUACCAAAUAA